GGUAACGCAACUAAAUCCUGACAAUGGCAAAUGUGAUCAAGAAAUCCGCUUCCGGAGCGGAUCUUUCUGCUUUUUCAAUGAAUACUCAAGCAGUGGCCAAUCCUGUCACACCGAUAAAGACCAAGGCGGCCUACAAACUUUAUCCCCCAGGCAUUCUUAAUGGAACGGGCCUAAAGAACAACAAACGUAGGAAAUGUGGCCUGCAAAGGAGUUGCACCAGGAAGGAUUCUGAAGAAUUAACUCCACCCAUGGCAAAGAAAGGCAAAGAUUCACCACAGAUGGAGGAGAAACAGCCUCUUGUGCUGCAACCUGCAAAGCCUGCUGAAGCAAGCACCAUGACUGAUCCUGAAGAAGUAACUCCACCUGUGCUGAAGAUGGAGGAGACACAGUCUCUGGUAGACCAACCCACUACCUGUGAAGCAAGCACCAUGACUGAUGCUGAAGAAAUAACUCCAUCUGUGGCAAAGAAAGGCAAAGAUUCACCAUUGAUGGAGGAGCCACAGCCUCUAAUGGACCAACUUGCAAAUCCUGCUGAGGAUCAACUCACUUCCUCUGAAGCAAGCCCUAUGGGUUUUACAUUGAAGAGUGUAUAGGUAUAUUAUCAGAUGCUCAACUUGUAGGAAGUGAAAAUGUAUAAUACAUGUUAGUAUAACUUUGAUCCUAUCCUAAAGCUCUGGCAAGAUAAAAAUAUUUUAAAUAGGUAUAGUUAUGUUACUCCACUUUAGUUAUACUAAAAAGCUAGCACAUUCUUUUUUAUAUGGUAAAACCACAUGAUUAACAGGAAUACAGGAAUGGGGAGCUUAAGUUCAAUUUCAAAAAAGAAAUAUUUUUACUCUAUAUCUGCCACAGGAAUGAGCUUAUGGGAAAAGGACUCCUGCCUAAUGAGUGGGACAUGGGUUCAUCCCAUGAAGAACCACUCUGAUUUUCAAAAUGAAAACAUAUCAUAUCCUUGUUUUUCCCUUAUCCAGAACUGAUACCACAGCUGAGAACAGAGGCAACAUGUGCCCAAGGUCUGCAUGAAUGGGCCAAAGUGUGUUACUCAUGUACUUGAAACUUUGUCGCACUGCUUUCUAUAAAUUGGAAGAUAGCCACAUGUGUAGAUGUAACCAUCUUGUUAAAUAAGA